CGUGCUUACAUCAGAACUCAAACGCCUUGGGCAUUUUACCGCGCCUCUGCAAAAAAGCCUCCGUGCUUUCCUCUCGCCUUAGAUUGUCUUCUGACUUAUAAUGACCGCUAACCCAGCCAAAGUCAUCCCGUCGGAGGUGGGCUGGCAAUUUGUACCACAGUAUUACACCUUUGUCAACAAGCAACCGAGCCGGCUUCAUUGCUUCUAUACCAAGAAUUCUACCUUCAUCCACGGCACCGAGGGUGAAGAUGGGAAACCUUGUUAUGGUCAGCAUGAAAUCCACGAGAAGAUCUUGUCUAUCGGUUUCCAGGACUGCAAGGUCUUCAUCCAUUCUGUCGACGCACAAUCCUCGGCGAACAAUGGUAUCAUCAUCCAAGUCAUCGGGGAGAUGUCGAAUAAAGGGGAGCCUUGGAAGAAAUUCGCCCAGACUUUCUUCCUCGCAGAGCAGCCCAACGGGUACUUCGUCUUGAAUGACAUCUUCCGUUUCCUGAGGGAGGAAUCGAACGAGGAUGCCGACGAACAAGUGUCCGAUGGUAUUGCCGAAGAAGAGGUCAUCCCUGAGCCAGUACCUGCUGUUGAAGCGAAUUUCCAUCCCAAUUCGCAACAACAGACCCGCGUUGAACCUGCUUCCGUCUGAUGCUGUUGUCAAUGGUGUGAACGGCAAUCAUGGAGUGGAGGCUCCCGCCACUCCAGAAC